GAUGUCACGAAUUUGUGUUGUUCUCGUGCUGUUCAUUGUCUGCACUCAGGCCCUUUCCCUAGCAGAAAGUCGGCACAAAAGGCAGGUCACCAAUCAGUUCAGGAAUAAAAACUAUUAUGUCGAAUCAUUGAUCAAAGCAAACUUCUACAAUGCGUUCUUAUUUUGCCAAAGGUUGGGUAUGAGACUGCUUACUAUUGACAAUAAUGAAGAGUACGACUAUAUUUUGAACAUUUUAAGAACACAAAUUCAAUUUAAGCCGGGCUCGAAGUUGUGGACUUCGGGUACUGAUCUUGCGCAGGAAGGGACUUUUCACUGGAUGUCCACCGGUUUUCCGGUCCUGAUAAAUAAAUGGUUGCCUAAACAGCCGGACAAUGGGUCAGGUAAUGAAAAUUGCAUCUGCUUCUGGAACAACCGAGGUACCAUCGGGUUCAACGAUGAGCAGUGCACUGAUGUUGCAAAUUUCAUCUGCGAAAGUCCAAAACUUUAAAUGUCAUACUAAGCGAUACAGUUUCAUGGAAUUAAAUCAAGAAUAUGUGUAAUAUCUAAAUUUAAUAAAAUGGAUUCUAGAAUUU